AGAUUAGGGUUGGUACAACCAGUGUAAUUAAAAACAAAUAAGAGUGUAUAAACAUCGCAGGUAAAUCAUUUGGAAAUCAUCGACGUCUGCCAUCAGUUGGCUGCCAUGCAAAGAGGAAUGGGAAAUGCAAUCAAACUGGUAUGUGUGUUGAGUGAGAUGAACCUUUCCAGCUAGGCGAGGUUUAUGCUCCCGCCAACGAGAACGAUGAGGGAAAAGUAAGUAUGAAAUAGCUCGGGUGAUGUGUGUGUGGGUGUGUGUAUGGGUGGAAGAAGUAACAAGAGAGAAAGGUAGAGUAGACUGAAAGAAGAAAGAACGAAAGAGAGGGGCUGUGAGUACAGGCUUUGAGACCAGAACGAUCGACUGAGCUUGCCAUUCUGUUAGUGAUUUUCAAAGAUAUCGCACGCGUUCGUUAGUGUCGCGCAGUUGGGGAAGAAAGAUGGCGUCCAAAAGGAGGGAAUUCGACAAUGGUGCAGCCGAGACUCCCGCUCGUAAAUCGAUGAAAAAGGCCUCAAAAUGGGAAGCGGUAAUGAAAGAGCUGUCGGAGUCAAAGGUGCUUAAUGUUCAGAUGAAGGAGGAGUUGAAUAAGGCGCGCGAAACGAUUGCUUCGCUGCAAGUCAGUCUAAAUACGCCACGUAGUGAAACGAGCGAGGUUCGAAGCGAGGAGUUCAUUGGAGGCUUGGGUCCGUCUAGUACUCACCGUCACGGUCCACAGGCAGGAGAAUCCAAUGCGGAAAUGACACGAUUCAUGUCAUCCGUAAACCAAAUCUCGGUGUCCUCUAUCUCGGUUCCGGAAUGCAAGCCGUCGUUCGAACUCGAAGAAAUCGGAAGACACGAUUUUGAAGUAUGGAAGGAUCUGUUGACUGACUCCAUGAAACUGGCUGGUGUGUCGGACGAAGCAACGCAGUUUAUCGUCUUCAAAGUUAAGGCCGGUCAAAAAUUGCUGGACGUCUUCAAGAAUACGAAGUCGGUCGAGAACGCCCCGAAUGAGCUCAACUUCCCGUUCUCGAACGCAAUGUAUCGUCUGAACACGUACUUCUCUUCGGGAGCAGAUGUAAUGCUCCAGAGGCGAAAGCUGGCACUCAUUUCGCAGAAGACGGAUGAAUCGGAUGUGGCUUUCCUGAUGCGCGUUGGGGCGAUUGCUCGGAUGUGCGAAUUCGGCGAUGACAAGGAAUUUGAGGAGAUCGCCAGAGCGGUGGCCGAGCACGCGAAAAACCGAGAUGUGCGCACUACGGCAUUGAAAUUACUGAGCCGUAAUGGAGCAUUUACGGAUCUGGUUGACAAGGUCCGUGAAUUAGAAACGAUUCGCUUGAACGAGGACUUCUUCAAUCUGAAGCAUGGUAAGCCGGACUCAGUCAUGGUAGCUCGUGUUGCAACGACCCCCGUGAGGCAGUUAGCUGACCAGAGGGGACGCUCAGGAAAAUUCGGAGCUUCCAGUCGUGGGAGGUACGUAGGACAAAGAUAUCGGUAUGAAGGUAGCUCUUCCGGCCGUGGUAGAGGAUCUGGCUCAUGGCGUGGAACAACAGGCGCGAUUCCAGAACGCUGCUUUAGAUGCCACAGCUUGUAUCACAAAUCGUUCAACUGCAGCGCAGUGGAUAAAAUCUGUUUGAAUUGCGGUGGCAAAGGCCAUCUCCAGCGGGCUUGCCGAUCGUUGAUGCGAGGAGAUAGUAGUCGGUUGGAAAACGAAAGAUCAUCCGACAUGAGGGCAUCGGACGUCGCUGCGAUUUCCAAAGUGGAGCAUAAUCAGGUUGAUAAGGCAGCUGAAGACAAAGUAAGUGAAGUUGUUUGAACUGACCGAAGCGUUGAUACCUGAAAUAAGGAAAGUUAUUUUAUUCGUCAUCUUCUAUACAGAGAAAAAUUGAAUUCAGAACAAAAAUGACACAAAUAAAUAAAUAGUUAAAACAAAAUUAAUCAUCCCUUA